CGCCACCAAUGGCCUCCCCGACGACACGCAUUAAAUGCCCGCCAUUGCCACCUACUCCGCCAAAAGCGCGCCUCGUACGUCACGCGCCCCCUCCCUCGUCACUCACCCGCCACAACCGCUCGCCGUCCGUCCGUCCGUCCACCGCCGUCUCACCCACCAGCUCAGUUCAACAGUAGUGCACUCCUCCCACCCCGCCGCUCCUCCCUCUGCCCGGCCGUGCCGUUUGACCUCGCGCUCGUCCCGUCCCUCUCCAUGGUCCAUGCUCCCUGCUCUGCCCUGACGCGCGCUGCACUGCACCGCACGUAGCCCUGCUGCCUGCCCGCCGAGGACGGCGACCUUCCCUUCCCCGCCUCUCCGGCUCUCCCCCCGCAGCAGUUACUCGCCUGUCCUGCGCAAAAAAGUUCUCUCUGAGCCCUCGCCCAUCCCCUGCUCGAUAAAAGUUCGCAAUGCAGCUCCAUGCCCGCCAUUAAUGCCCUCCCUUCCUUCCUCGGCAGCUCUCGCUCAGAGAUUCCCCCUCCGUCUCGCUCCCGCUGUUGCCCUUCUCGUGCGUGCUCGAUCUGCUCUGCUUCCGUCCUGCUGGGAGCUUUUCCCCGGGCUUGGAGCCAUCUGCUUGUCCUCGUGUUCCCCUGCCCGCCCACGCCCUCGCACCCGCACCCUGUCCAAAAAGUUUCAAUCUUGGAGCCACCCUCUUAUUGUUAUCCCCCCUACUCCUCCUCCUCCUCCUCCCCAUCUCUCUCCUCUCUCAUCCAGCCACGCUUCCCCCUCGUUUGCUUGGCCCUUGCUGUCCUCCGCAACCGCGGCUCCAAUAAAAGCUCCUGCGCCGCAGCCGUCUCCACUUCAGUCGCCCACCUCCUGUGCGGCAAACGGGAUUGAAUUUUGGCCGGAGCCUUCAGGUUCAGCCCUUUAGGUUCUGGAGGCGCGCGCCGGGUGAUUCCUCCAUUCUCGAAAGCUUCCGCCGUCUCGGAGGUGUACAUUUUGGCAGUCUGCCAUUGCCGAGGGUGGGGGAGAGGUGCUUCGGUCUCGCCGGGGGGGAUGGAGGGCCGGGGGAGGCGGCCGCGGAGCCCGGAGCGGCAGAGGCCGCCGGCGAGGAAGGUGCCGGUGGUGUACUACCUCACGCGGAGCCGCCACCUCGAGCACCCGCACUUCGUCGAGGUGCCGGCGCCCUCCUCCUCCGAGGGGCUCUACCUCAGAGAUGUGAUUCGGCACCUCAACAUGGUGCGCGGCAAGGGCAUGGCCUCCAUGUACUCCUGGUCCUGCAAGAGGAGCUACAAGAACGGAUUCGUGUGGCAUGAUCUCGCCGAGGACGACCUCGUCCUCCCUGCCACCGACGGCGAGUACGUGCUCAAGGGCUCCGAGAUCCUGGACCAACCUUCUUCAGGUCAAUUUCACCAUGGCAGUAAUGGCAACCAGAAGCAGCAGAGCAGGCAGAAAGAGGGUAGUACAAGGUUGCCUCGGUCAAGGGAGGCCUCCUUCUCCUCCUCCCCACCUAGUGUGACAGUUAGAGAAGCCAAGCCUCGGCGCGUGCCUUCGGUGCCUUCGCGAGAGGAGGACGACUCCCCCUCGCCGUGCCGGGGCACCUCCUCGGAGACAAUGUCGCCGGAAUCGGAGCCUCAGAGGACUGUCAUGUCACGGCCGACGCCGGCAGAAUUCAGGGUUUUCAAGCCCACCGGUUUGAUGGAUGCCGCAACUCAAACCGAUGAUCUCGGGAGAAGGUCGGCUCGGAGAGUACCUGAGAUGCAUAAGAAGAGCCUGAGCACUGAUCAUGACGUCCGUGAGGUCACCGAGUACCGGCAGCAGAGCCAUCCUCGCCGGUCGGCCGAGCUCCAGGGGAUCUCCAGGGAUGUCAUGUCCCACUGUGCCACCCCACUGAGCAUGGCUUCAACCCAUGGAAAGUCCGAGAGCUUGGAGUCGUUGAUACGAGCCGACAACGCGUCAGCCAACAGCUUCAGGAUCCUGGAAGAGGACGACAUUGUCGUGCCGACCUGCCCGAAGCUGAGGCCGGCGAAUGUGCUGAUGCAGCUCAUCACCUGUGGUUCACUUUCAGUCAAGGAUCAUGACAGCAUUGGGCUUGUUGGGGCUUACAAGCCAAGGUUCCCAAACUUGAAGUUCCCAUCGCCGCUGAUUUCUCGCUCCAUGAUGAUGGGUGAGCUCGAUUACCUAUCAGAGAACCCCAGAUUCAUUGGGACACGGAUUGAAGAUAAGGAGUAUUUUAGUGGGAGCAUUAUUGAGACCAAGACGCAGAGAGAAGUUCCCACCGAGAGGCACUCGGUGCUUAAGCGGUCUUCUUCCUACAAUGCAGAAAGGGGCGGCGAGAACCUCUGCGACUGCGCGGGGCCCGACGAAGAAGAGAUGGUACCGCGCUCGAGGUGCCUGCCCCGGACGCCGAUACUGUCAUCCUUGCUGCACCCGAAGAGUGAGAUGCAGAAGUCCCCGGUGUCGGACUGCCGGAGGAGCUCCUCGGCCGGGCCGGACUCGAUAGACGGCGGGAGCAGGCGGUUCACCGACGCGUCGUCGAGGGUAGAGUCCUUCAGGAAGGAGAACAAGGAGAAGCUCGUCAAGAUCGAGGAAAGUUAAGUGCUCCAACUUUUUGUCACUGCACUGGGUUGUCGUCGGGAGCUCGCGUCGUGAUCCAGUGCACCGUGCCCUGCGACGACGGUGACGAAGAUGCAUUCUGAAGCCUCCUGGACUUGCAGCUGACCUGGCCGCGUGACGUGGCGUUCUCUUUGCUUCUUUAGAUGAUGAAUGAGUUACUGACGAAUUUGUGUUUUCUUUCUUGAGAUGUGUAGUAUGUUAGCUUUAUUCUUCAGGUGUAAUGUAUUUUUUUUGUCUGUUCUUUGGUUUGGUUGAAAUUUUGUCCUUGUUAUCAGUUGUAGUAAGUGCCUGUUAAUGCCAUUUUGUGCUCGUUAUUAGUUGGGUAA